AUGCUCAAUUUGUCUCGUUUGUCUUUACGAUCGAUCCCAAAGAGGAGUUUUGCCAGUUCUUCUGGAGAUAAACCUUCCGGUCAAAAACAGCCAAGUCAGUUGGACCUGGAGAAGAAUGACAGCCAAGGACAGUCCUGGUUGUCCAGAAUCUUGACUGGACCCGCCAUGAACCCGUCCGGCUUCCACAAACAGUCCCAUUCUUCGCUUUUGGCUGUUUCUGAUGCUGUUUUUGAGAUUCAGAGUAAGUAUCUUAUAUUUUUCUUUCGAGUUCAGUGUUUAGAGUCCAGUCAAUUGACGGAUGAAGGAGUAAAAUAAUGCUUCUGCAGACUGUAUUUUGGAUCUGUUUGAGAGAAAGUUUUCCUUGAGAUUACCCUAUUCUUUCCAGCGCACGAUGCUACCUCCGGAAACAAAGAAGGGUACCUGAAAGCCUACAAGAAUUACUCCCAAGAAGUUCAGUCCACCAACGCGGGUUUGAAAUUGAUCGGAUCUUUCCAAGUCGUUUAUGGAAACCAGGAUCAAUUCGUUCAUCUCUGGCGUUAUGCGAAGGGAUGGAGUGAUGUUGAUCAGUGAGCUUUUAUUUAUAUGGUUUUACAAUUACUCGAUUUAAAGAUUGAUCCAAUUUUUUCAGACAAAUCAGAGCUAUUUCCACUGGCCCCUUACAAACUGUCGACUCGGAUGUCGCCAAACUAUGUACUAGAAGACGAAACGUGUUAGUCAAACCAUUCAGCUACUGGGGAGAGCCCAAGGAAAGAGAGCCUAGCCAUAUCUAUGAUAUGAGAACAUACGUCCUGAAGGUGCGUUAUUAGAUUAUUCUUUGGUUUUUAGACGGUUCAUCUUAUUGUUGAUUUAAUAAUUCGACUUCAGCCCGGCACAAUGAUCGAAUGGGGCAAUGCCUGGGCCAAAGGUAUUACGUACAGAAGAGAACACAACCAAGAUGUGGGUGGAUUCUUCGCCCAAGUGGGUCAACUCUAUAUGGUCUUCCACUUCUGGGCUUACAAGGACAUGGUCCACAGAAAUCACACCCGCCAAGACACAUGGGCCAAACCUGGAUGGGAUAUAAACGUACAAUACACAGGUUAGUCAUGCAUUUUUGAUUUAAAUCUCAUUUAAUGUGAGCUUAUCAUUCGUCAAUUUUAUUUUUCAGUACCUCUGAUCAAGAAGAUGAACUCCAAAAUACUUGUCCCAACACCUCUGUCCAAGCUACAGUAA